AUGAUACUAGAGUACGCAAUACUCCGCAAAGCCACAAUGAUGCUGAACGCCGCGACGAAAAUCGACGAGCUGCAAACCAGCGCCAAAGUAGAAAUACGACGCCAAGAUCGAGACGACGACGCCGAGAAGAACGCGCCUGCAUCACUCCCUCACCAAGAUGAUCUGCCUCCGCCGCCGAAACGGCAAGCACACGUCGACGUUCUGGCCAAACCUCUCGACAACACCGAUCUCGUCAUCACACGAGAUCGAGCGGUCUCGUCAUCACACGAGCCCGAGAAAACACCGAUCUUGUCAUCCAAGAUCGAGCGGUCUCGUCAUCACACGAGCCCGAUAAAACCGGUCUCGCCAAAGCGCGAAUCCGAGAAAAACAUACGGACUGAUCAUCCAUGA